AUAGCAUGUCCAAAUGAAUGCGUCUUUAUUUGUCAUAUGCUAAGUUGAUUACACUUUGAUAUGAGUUGAUUUUUUUAUCGAAAAAAUAUUUUCUAAUAUAACAAAAUAAUGUUAGUAAAUUUCUUGAAAAGAACAACAUUACUUUCAAAACCGGUUCUGAAUUGCAAGAUUACAAAACCACCUAGUUUAUUAUGUAAAGGUGAAUCGUUUCUAAUACUUCCGCGGAGGAAUGCAUCAAUUCACACUCGCAAUAUUCUAAUACGAAAGGCCAAGUUGGAACAUAUCGACAAUUUUGGUAUUUUUUUACUGUUCUUUCCGGUGACCACUUUUGGAUUGGGAGUAUGGCAGAUCAAACGAAAAAUUUGGAAAGAAAAUCUGAUUGCUGAAUUAAAAAAACAAUCGAACAAAGAACCAGUUGAUCUGCCGGAGGAUUUGACGCAACUAAAUAGUAUGGAAUAUCAAACAGUGAAAGUGAAUGGACAUUUUCUACACGAUAAAGAACUAUAUUUAGGUCCCCGAACAUUGAUUGAGUCCCACGAAAAUGGAAAAAAAGGAGGCGUACUGACAAUUGCACCCAAAUCGGGAUAUUUAGUAGUCACACCAUUCAAACUCAAUGGCAGAGAGGAAACAAUUUUGGUUAACCGGGGUUGGGUUUCGAAAAAUAAAAAGACUCCAAUGUCCCGCAGUGAAGGCCAAAUUCAAGGAGAUGUUGAAAUUGUUGGAGUAGUUAGAAAACACGAAAAUCGACCACAAUUUAUGCCUAAGAUGAAAGAUGACAAUUUGUUUUUGUACCGAGAUGUUAAUAGAAUGAGCGCCAUUACUGGUGCGGAGCCAUACUAUUUGGAUGCGACAGUCUAUUCAAAUAUUUCCGGUGGUCCGAUUGGCGGUCAAACUACUAUUACUCUCAGAAAUGAACAUCUUUCUUAUGUUGUGACCUGGUUUUCUCUAUCAGGUUUGUCAGCUUGGUUUUGGUACAAAAUGGUCUAUUUAAUUCCCAAGUAAUGCUCAAAUGAUACAGUAAAUAAGUAAUGCUUGAGAUUAAAUAUGAGUGAAAAUACGAGGAUUCUAUUCAUGUCUUUUAUUUCUUCCACCAUUGUUAGUUAAGGCCAUGUAUAAACCUUUUUUUAUUUUGAUUAAAAAAUAUAUUGCUUGCAA